AUGGCCCCAUCAGAAGAAGCAGAUAACGAUGUAUCUCAAGCACCCGCGUCUAAACGGCGUCGCGUCGCGGUCGCCUGCGAUGCAUGCCGAACGCGCAAGUCCCGUUGUGACGGGGUGAGACCGCGAUGCUCGCUAUGUCGAGAUCUGGGAUUUGAAUGUGUAUAUACGCCACCGCCGACUGCGACAAAUGUUAUUGUACAGAAGGAUUAUCUGCGUGGGCUUGAGGAGAGGGUGAAAAGGUUGGAAGAAGGGAUGGUCGGGGUUAGAGGGGACAUUGAUGGCCUAGUUGGGAGGGUUGAUGGUGCGCAGGGCCAGAGUGUUGCCACUGGAGACGGAAGCUCGAGUACCAGCUUGCAAACUGCGAGGAGAGUUGAGGAUGAUGGACAGAGAUUGGCCGUGGUGCCUGUGCCAAAUUUGAUUGGGACGGAGGAUUCGGUCGAUGCGAUGGGUGCAGUGACUUUUGCUGAUGAGGAGGAUUCGGGAUUCUUCGGUUUGACCAACCCCAAGUCUUAUACUGAUCGUGCAAUGGCUGAUAACUGCUGGGCAGGGCCUUCAUCUAAUAUUGCAUUUUUGAGACACCUCUCCAGAGCAGUCGUGCAGCAAGGCUAUCUUUUAUCACCCGGCGCAGCGGAAGGAGGGUUCGUCAAUGCAUCACGACCACCUUCUCCACCACGCCAAACGCCUCAUGAUCAACGAUCAAAAGUCAACAUAUUUGCACUGCCUCCCCAGUCGGAGACAUUGGCGCUGAUACAGCGGUACUUUUCUGAAACGGGGUUGCUAUUCCCUUACAUAUACCCGCCCACCUUUUUGGAGACGUAUCACCAAAUGACACGAGAGAAUUUUACAAAAGUACGGAGAACGUGGCUUGGCUUGUUGAACAUGGUUCUGGCUAUGGCGACCAUCACUGCUAUGCCUGGUGGCGCGAGAGCUGAUGCCAGGAUCUCCGAGUCGGAUGUCUUCUAUCAACGUGGUCUGGGGUUGUGUGGGAGCGAGAUCUUACGAGGGACGACUCUAGAAGUUGUGCAAUUCCUUCUCCUCAUGGGUCAAUAUCUGCAAGGCACGCAAAAGUCAGUCCAGGCUUGGACUGUUCAUGGAUUAGCAGUCAAAGCUGCCCUACAGCUUGGAUUGCAGUCAAGAAAUGCCUCCAAGUCUUUUCCACCACUCGAACAGGAGACACGCAAGCGAAUUUGGUACGGUUGCGUAGUGCUUGAUAGGACUCUGAGUAUGACCUUCGGAAGACCUAGCUCCAUUCCAGAUUAUUACGUGAGACUCGAGCUACCAUCAAAACGAGAUUUCGAAAGGUCAUCUGCCUUUGUGGAUGACGAGACCUCCUAUCUGAGCGUGUCCUUUUUCAACUCAACCAUCACCUUAUACAAACAACUCUGGAACAUCCUCGACCUCCUCUACGGUCAAAACAUAGGCUGUGAUACCCCUCUCUCCGUCAGCGAAACAGUCGCCCACAUCUUCAGCAUGGAACAACACCUCUUCACCUGGGAACGCUCCCUGCAUCCAUCCCUCCAACUCGUAUCCACAACAAUCCUAAACGGAAUGCCCCUGGAUCAAACAUCCCCCAGCCCUCAAUACUUCUCCUGGAAAUUCCGCGUCAUUCUUACUCUCCGAUAUCUUAAUCUGCGGGUUCUCUUGCAUAGACCUGUGUUGGUGAAAUUCAUCGCUGCGAGUCGAUAUCCCGAUCGUGAUCAGCAGGAUUUGAAAAUUCUGCAGCAGAUUGGGAUGAAUAGUAUGCAGAUUGUCACGGAGUCGGCGAUGGAGAUUAUUGAUAUUGUUUCGAGGGUUGUUUUGGAGCCGGGGUGGAAGCAGAGUUUGUUGGGGGCUUGGUGGUUUUCGUUAUAUUAUACAUUCAAUGCGGCGGUUGUGCUUAUCGGAGCUGUUUGGGUUUAUCGGGAUACAGCCCUUUGCAACGCUUCGAUGACCGCCCAAGCCAAGAAAGUGCAGCAGUACCCAGCCCGGGCAGUGAUGGCCCUAUCAAAGCUGGACGAUGGAAAUCGAUUGAUCGACCGGUGUCGCUAUUCCCUGGAGCAAUUCAAUAAGAUACUGGUUGACCCUGAAGCAGAUCUUGAAGGCUUGAUGCCUACAUUGCCAGCUCUGGCGAGUGCUCGAGGCUCCAAUCCGGCCGCUGAUUUUAGCCUUUCACCGAUUGGAAUGGAGCUUGGGGAAUUUAUGAUGGAUGAUGAUCUUGUUGCGAUGAUUGAUAAGCAUGGUCUUUUACCACAUGAUGCAGGAUCAGCUUAUCCUUUAUGA